AUGCAAAAAGCUGUAUAUAUUUUCCGCUUUGAUUCUGAUAUUCUAAAGAUUAUUUGUAGACGUUUCAAAUUGCGCUUGGCCAAAUACAUUGAAGAAAAUCAAAUUGUAUGUCAAGCAGCGAUGAUACCUUCGUGGAACUUUCAAUAUGUGUUAUUAUAUUUUAUGGUGGCACAACUAAAUGUAAAUUAUGUAAGAGCAGUUUGGCCAUUGGGAAAUUCUUCGAAUAUUCAACUCUUAGGUCUCUUUGAUAAUUUAUCGAAUAAAUCUGAAUCUAGUUCAUUAUCAAUUCAUAGUCGAGCUAUGUUUAAAUCAGCUUUACUACUUUCUCGACAAUAUAAUAUAACGAUCGGAGGACAAUUCAUAGGAUGGCAAUCAGCAGAAACAAAUGGCAAUAUAAUCGAUGCCCUAAGCAAAACAUGUCAAGCAUUGUCUUUUUCAAAUAUUGUCGGCAUUGUUGGUCCAGGAUUAUCAAGAGAAGCUUAUUUAGUAGUUGAUUUUGGUAAAACAAUCGGUAUACCUGUUAUAUCCUAUAGUGUAACUGAUCCUGAUUUGUCUAAUCGAAAUGUUUAUCGAAAUUUUUUUCGUACAGUUCCUUCCGAUAAUUCAACUGCAUUGGCAAUUGUUAAAUUAUUUGCCCGAUACAAUUGGACAUCAUGCAUAGUGAUUUACCAGAAUGACGCAUUUGGAACGGGAGGAUCAAAAAUCAUCAACGAAGCAUUCAUUAAUAAUAAUUUAAUUGUCGACCAAUUAAUAAUAUUUGAUAUAGUUACACUUCGUAUUCGAGGCGAUUUGAAAAAUUAUUUAACAAAUAGUCCAGCUCGAAUUGUUAUUCUAUGGGUUCAAUCAAGUUAUAUAAAAUCUAUUUUAGAGAACGCUAUUCAACAUGAUCUAAUGGCUCCGCAAUUUACAUGGAUAUUAUGUUCAAGUAUUUCGUUGAAGAAUUUCAAUGAAACAUUUUAUGAGAAAUUAAUUGGCUCAUUUUCAAUUGAACCUGUUACAGCAAGUGUUGUGGAUGCGCCAAUAAAUACAACAUUACUAAAUGCUGCCUAUCAAAUUUGGCAACAAUACGAACCCGAAACAUUUCCUGGAGCAACAAAUGUGAAUUCCUAUGCACUAUUUGCGUUUGAUGCAACAUGGACAUUAAUUAAAUCAUUAGAAAACGUUUGCGCAACACUGAAAAAUAAUUCUUAUUCAUGUUUAUCCUUUAUUGGAUCUUCUUUUUGUUUUCAUCGACGUUUCGUUCAUUCCGAUUUAUUACUAAAUACACUUUGUAGAACCGAUUUUCUUGGCGUAUCUGGUCGUAUUAAAUUUAACUUUAACGUAACAGAUCGAAUUAUUGGAUCGUAUUAUUAUGCACAAAAUGUUCAACCUUCAUCAAACGGGUCAGAUUUUGUACCAGUAUUACAAUAUUCCGAUUCUACUGAUUGGAAAACAUUUAAACAAACAAACGUUAUUAUUUGGCCUGGUAGUUCAUUAGUACCGCCGACUGGUCGAGCAAUACUUGAAGGUAUAACUUUAAGAAUUGGUGUUAUUGAAUCACCUCCAUUUACAAUAGUUACAAAUGUCAUUGAUGAAGUUGGACAGAAUACGUCGAAAUUAACUGGUUAUGUACCAGAUCUGAUUCAACUAUUAGCUGAUAAGAUUGGAUUUAUUCCAAAUGUGCAACUAGCGCCACCCAAUCAAACAUAUGCAGGAUUAGUUCAAGAGGUAGUCAAUGGUCAUUAUGAUAUUGUUAUUGGUGAUGUUACAAUUACUGCUACACGAAGAGAAUUAGUUGGCUUUUCGAAUGCUAUAUUUGAUAAUUCUUUGCGUAUUCUUAUGCGAAAAACACCUGAUGUAUCUAUUGAAAUGUUAGCGUUUUUAAAACCAUUUUCACAUACACUUUGGUUAUUAGUCUUAGGUGCUUGUGUCUAUGCUGGCCUAUUAAUUUGUUUUAUAGAAAGACAAGACAAUGAAAUGUUUCAAAAUCGAUCAAUAUUAUCUCAAAUAACAAUGAGUAUUUGGUAUUCUUUUGGUAAUAUUGUUGGAUACGGCGUAGAUUUUCAUGUCAAUACCGCUGCUGGACGUUUAAUCACUGCUGGUUUGUAUAUGUUAAGUUUGAUAUUAGUAGCUACCUACACUGCAAAUUUAGCAUCUGAUUUAACAAUAUCAAAGUCGAAAGAUAGUAUUUCAGGAAUUCACGAUAUUAAAAAUGGAAAAAUGCCAUUCAAUCGUAUUGGUAUUCGUAUGGGUACAGCUGGCGAAGAUUAUUAUUUAAGAGAAAUAUCCUUUGGCAGUCGAAGUUAUUAUCCAUUAAAAUCUCGACAAGAAAUGUAUGAUAGUCUACUUGCCGGAAUUAUUGAUGCAUCCUUUAUGGAUAUUGGUACUGCUGAAUAUAUGACCAAUAAUAUUUAUUGUAAUUUAACUGUGAUUGGAGAAGAUUUUGACAAAGGAGUUUUUGGAAUUGUUACUCCAAAAGAAUGGUUGUAUGCUAAAGAUUUAGAUGUUAAUAUUUUAUUAUUAAGAGAAUCCGGUGACCUUGAUGAUUUAAGACAAAAAUGGUUUCAAAAAAGAAAUUGUCUUAAUUUAGACGAAACAUCGAUUGCCAUGCAAAUUAAUUCAAUGGGUGGAUUAUUUUUAAUUUUUACAAUAGGUACUUUUCUAUCACUGCUAUUAUUUUUAUGGUCGAAACGAUUCAUUAUUAAACAUAAUUUAUUGAACUUGUUACGUCGAAAGAAAUUCUUGUUUAAAAAGAAAGUCAAAAUGGUGAAGUACUCAAGUAAAACAUCAAACCAUACGGAAAACUCCAGAAUACCUUUAUCUACUAUUGUACGAUUACGACCAUGA